AUGGCACCCCACGCAGACGGAAUCGUUGAGACCAAUGGCAGCGCACUCAAACCCACCGCUCCAUCAUUUCAGCCUGUUGCCGCCCUUGCAGAAUCCAGGUACCACUCGACCUCAACCGGUGCCGCAAUCGAAGCCGAGCACAAGUACGCGGCGCACAACUACCAUCCUCUCCCGAUUGUCUUUGCUCGCGCCCAAGGCUGCAGCGUCUGGGACCCAGAGGGAAAGCACUACAUCGACUGCUUGUCAGCGUACAGUGCAGUCAACCAAGGCCAUUGCCAUCCCGAGCUGGUAAAGGCGCUCUGCGAACAGGCACAACGGCUCACACUCUCCUCGCGCGCCUUCCACAACGAUGUUUUCCCGAAGUGGGCGGAGAAGGUCAAGAACGUGUUUGGAUAUGAUAUGGUUCUGCCCAUGAACACUGGCGCGGAAGCAGUCGAGACGGCGAUCAAAAUUGCGAGAAAGUGGGCAUACAAAGUGAAGGGUGUCCCUCAGGGAAAGGCAUUAGUGUUUGCUGUUACUGAGAACUUCCACGGCCGAACAAUGACCGCGAUCUCCAUGUCCACAGACCCCGAAUCCCGCGACAACUAUGGCCCAUACGUCCCAGGCGUUGGUGCGAUCUGCCCUUCUACAAACCGAAAGAUCCGUUUUAACAAUAUUCCCGACCUGGAGGCUGCAUUGGUGGCACAUGGCAAGGAGGCUGCAGCGUUCAUCGUGGAACCAAUUCAAGGCGAGGCAGGUGUCGUCGUUCCAGCAGACGACUAUUUGACGAAAGUCCACGAACUCUGCAAGAAGCACAAUGUCCUUCUUAUCUGCGACGAGAUCCAAACAGGAAUUGGUCGCACCGGGAAAAUGUUGUGCUCGCAAUGGGCAAGUAUUAAACCAGAUAUGGUUACACUGGGCAAGGCCAUUUCUGGUGGCAUGUACCCCGUCUCUUGUGUUUUGGGAUCCAAGGAGAUCAUGCUCACCAUUGAGCCUGGAACUCAUGGCUCGACAUAUGGUGGCAAUCCUUUGGGCUGCGCAGUCUCUAUCCGUGCAUUGGAAAUCAUGGAGGAGGAGGAUCUGACAGCCCGCGCUGAGACCUUGGGCCAGGUCUUGCGCCAAGGUCUAGAGGACCUGAAAUCCCCCAUGAUCAAGUUGGUCCGAGGAAAGGGCUUGCUUAAUGCUAUUGUCAUUGAUGAGACCAAGACUGGCGGUCAUUCUGCUUGGGAUUUGUGUAUGCUGUUGAAGAGCAAGGGUUUACUGGCUAAACCCACUCACGAAAACAUUAUCAGAUUGGCACCUCCUUUGGUUAUCAGCGAGGAGCAAAUCAGGCAAUGUUUGAGAAUCAUUGGAGAGGCAAUUAUCGAGUUACCAGAUCUGAAGGGCGAGAAGCAAGAUGACAUUAUCCCCCAGAGUGAAAAAGGCGUUCAUAUCGGAUUGGAUAUUUAA